CCGGCCCGGAGUCAAUCGGCAUUCUGCAAGCUUCUUCUUCGUCGACGAACAUGGUGGACGCGACCUGGUACUAUUGCAACGUUCUGGAGGAGUAUUACGAGGCGGUUCCUGCUGUGCAGGCCCGUCAGAACGCGGCCGAAGAGGUUGAGAAGGUUUCGGUGGUGAGCUCGGAGCUGUCGCUGGACGUGGAGGAGGUCGAGGCGGACGAGGAACUGGCAGUCGCCAGAGCAACGUAUGUGCUGCUGGCCUCGGCUGCGACUACGAAGGAGGUGAAGGAGGAGAAGAAGUGCGAAGAGAAGAAGGUGGCCGUCGUGGAGAAGGUGGAGAAGCAAGAACCAGUCGCCCCUGUGGAGGUGGCGGCCGAACCGGUGGUCGCCGAGCAGGUGGUGGCUGAGCCUGUGGUCGAGACCGUUCCUGAGCAAAUCGCGGCCGAGUCUGUUGCAGCCGAAACGGUGGCCGAGAACGAGCCGCUGGCGGCCGAGGUGGUCGAAGAGCAGGUCGCUGAUCCUGUGGCCGAGGAAGAGACUGCCGCUAGCGAAGACGUUGCGGUGGCCCAUGAGGUUGCGACGGAGGAUGAAGUGAUCGAAGAAGCUGAGCCGGUCGAGCCUGUCGCUGUUGCGUCGGUGGGGACGGAGAAGGAGAAUGUUGCUGAGAAGGAAGCUGCCGAGCCGGUUGCGAACGAAGAAGCGGCCGCCGAAGAUGCCUCCGAGUCUGCUGCUGUUGAGGAGGUUGUCGAGGAAGCUGUGGCCGAGGCGACCGCGGUUCUGGAGACCGUGCACGACGCUGUCGAGACUGUUGCAGUCGUUGAGGAAGAGAUCGUUGAGGCUGUUGUGGCCCAGACGGCAGUCGAAGAGAAGAAGCCUGAACAAGUCGAGCUGGUUGCUGACGAGCCCGUGGCCGAGCCUGCAGUCACCGAGGAAGCGCCUAAGGACGAAGCGUUGGAGGCUGCUACUGAAGUGCCCGCACCGACCAACGAGGACUCUGAAGAGAAGGCGAAGGACGAGGAGACCGUGGCCGAGGCUGGCCAAGUCGCAGAGGAUGAAGUGGUGGCCGAGGCCGACCAAGCCGCAGAGGAUGAAGUGGUGGCCGAGUCUGUGGAGGUUGCAGUCGUAGAGAAAGACGAAGAGGUUGGUGAAGUGGCUGAGGCAACGCCGGCGGAGGAGGAAGCACCGGCAGCGCCGAAGGCCGACAGCGACGACGUGUCUGACACUCAGUCGGAGGUUUCAGAGGCGCCCGCUGUCGAAGUGGCUGAGCCUGCUCCGGCCGUCAAGGUCGACGAGGAGCCCGAGUCCGAGAUCGAAGAGACGAUGGUCAUUGACGCUGACCUGGCGGCAAAGGAAGCCGCUGCCGUCGAGGCGAAGGCCCAGGAAUCCUCGUCAUUCAGCUUCAUCCGCAAGAACAGCUACGCCGUUUCGUCCGUGGCUGUUGCGGUCACUACGGCCAUCGUGGCUACGUUUGUGGCACGUAGGUAG